AUAUUGUAACAAGAGAGUCUUGUUCGUGAGAGAGAGAGUGACUAGAGAAAGACCAUGGCCGAGAACUCGAUGGAAGAAGAUCAAAGCAUUGCGCGGACGCAUUUGCAGUUACAGAGAUCUCUAAAAUGGCUCGAUGAAGUCACGAAUGGUGCCAUCGGUUACGAGCUCGAGGCUCGAAGCCUUCGUGGUCUUCAGGUCAUCAAAGCUCAGACCGGUUUCUUACGUUGUAGCUUCAUCGUUCCCGCCACCGCUUCCGAUAUGAAUGGGAAUCGGCAUAUAGGAGCCAUAGCCACAAUAAUCGACAACGUUGGUGGCGCCGCCAUAUACUCCACCGGUCACCAUCUAAAAGUCACCGUCAAUUUCAACAUUCAAUAUCAUUCUACGGCUAAGAUUCAGGAAGAAGUAGAGAUAGAAGCAAAGGUAAACGGAGACAGAGGAAAGCUGACAUCAGUGGUGAUCGAGGUUCGAAACAAGUCGAACAAUGGACGGUUGAUUGCAAUUGCUACUCAGUGGACGGCUGCUAAUGACUAUCGAUCACCUCAGCCUCAAGCUAAGCUCUAACAAUUUACUAUGGAU